GUCAGCUGGGGCCCCCUGCGGCCGGCUGCGUCCCUCGCUAGGACCUGCCACUCUGCGCGCCAUGGCAGAGGCGGCAGCAUCCCUGCCAGCAUCCCAGCCAGCCGCAGCAGCGGCGGCGUCCAGGGCCACCGCGGAUGCUAUUGUUCCCUGGUGUUAGUCGCUCUUUGGCUGCCUUUCAUCUGGAGCGAACAAUAGCAGCAGCUCAGAGAUUUGCUUUCUCUGCUGGCUGGGAAGGAAGGACCGUCGCCCGGCGAGCGUGCUGUGGCUCUGGAGGCUGGAGCGGCUGAGGGCGGCAUGGGGCUGCGAGCUGGGCGUCCGGCGUCCCAGAGCCGGGGCGUCCUGCAGCUGCCUCGGCUGCCACUGCUCCUGCUGCUGCUGCUGAGCUCAGGCGCCCACGGGGCUGCGGCUCCGGGCGGCGCGGAGGCUCCCACCCUCUAUCUGUGGAAGACCGGUCCCUGGGGACGGUGUAUGGGAGAUGACUGUGGACCAGGUGGCAUCCAAACCCGGGCUGUGUGGUGUGCUCACGUGGAAGGCUGGACCACACUGCACACGAACUGCAAGCAGGCAGGGAGACCCAGUAACCAGCAAAACUGUUUCAAAGUGUGUGACUGGCACAAAGAGUUGUAUGACUGGAGUCUGGGCCCCUGGAAUCAGUGUCAGCCGGUAAUUUCCAAAAGCCUGGAGAAACCUCGGGAGUGUGUUAAGGGGGAGGAAGGCAUCCAGGUGAGAGAGAUAACGUGCAUCCAGAAAGACAAGGACAUUCCUGCGGACGACAUCAUCUGCGAAUACUUUGAGCCGAAGCCCCUCCUGGAACAGGCCUGCCUCAUUCCUUGCCAGCAAGACUGCAUCGUGUCUGAGUUUUCUGCCUGGUCAGAGUGUUCCAAGACCUGCGGCAGUGGGCUGCAGCACCGCACUCGGCACGUGGUGGCACCGCCGCAGUUCGGAGGCUCAGGCUGUCCCAACCUGACGGAGUUCCAGGUGUGCCAGUCCAGCCCGUGCCAGGCUGAGGAGAGCUUGUACAGCUUGCAGGUGGGGCCCUGGAGCGCAUGCUCAGUGCCGCACUCGCGACAAGCGAGGCAAGCCCGGCGACGCGGAAAGAAUAAGGAGCGGGAGAAGGAACGAGGCAAAGCUGUGAAAGACCCAGAGGCCCGUGAGCUCAUCAAGAAGAAGAGAAACAAAAACAGACAGAACAGACAGGAGAACAGAUACUGGGAUAUCGAGAUUGGAUAUCAGACCAGGGAGGUGAUGUGCACUAACAAGACCCGGAAAGCUGCAGACCUGAGCUUCUGCCAACAAGAGAAACUACCAACUACCUUCCAGUCCUGUGUGAUCACCAAACAGUGCCAAGUGUCCGAGUGGUUGGAAUGGAGCCCGUGUUCAAAAACAUGCCAUGAUGUCACGUCCGCUACAGGCACUCGUGUAAGGACAAGGACUAUCAGGCAAUUUCCAAUCGGAAGUGAAAAGGAAUGUCCCGAGCUUGAGGAGAAAGAACCAUGUGUGUCUCAGGGAGACGGAGCUGCCCCCUGUGCUAUGUAUGGCUGGAGAACUACGGAGUGGACUGAGUGCCGCGUCGACCCUUUGCUCAGUCAGCAGGACAAGAGACGUGCCAAUCAGACAGCCCUCUGCGGAGGAGGCGUCCAGACCCGGGAGGCAUACUGCGUGCAAACCAACGAAAAUGGGCUCUCGCACUCACCUAUGCGCAAGGACAAAGAAGCCUCAAAACCAGUGGAUUCAAAAUUAUGCAAUGGCCUCAUUCCUAAUACCACACAGCUGUGCCACAUCCCAUGUCCAGUUGAAUGUGAGGUUUCACCUUGGUCUGCCUGGGGACCUUGUACUUAUGAAAACUGUAAUGAUCAGCAAGGCAGAAAAGGCUUCAAACUGAGGAAGCGACGCAUUAUCAAUGAGCCCACUGGAGGUUCUGGGGGCACUGGAAACUGUCCUCACUUACUGGAAGCCAUUCCCUGUGAAGAACCGUCUUGCUAUGACUGGAAGGCAGUGAGGCUUGGAGACUGUGAACCAGAUAAUGGAAGGGCUUGUGGGCCGGGCACUCAAGUUCAAGAGGUUGUGUGCAUCAACAGUGAUGGAGAAGAAGUAGACAGACAGCUAUGCAGAGAUGCCAUCUUUCCCAUUCCAGUGGCCUGUGAUGCCCCAUGUCCAAAGGACUGUGUGCUCAGUGCGUGGUCCACAUGGUCCUCCUGUUCACAUACCUGCUCAGGGAAAACCACAGAGGGGAAACAGAUCCGAGCUCGGUCCAUUCUGGCCUAUGAAGGUGAAGAAGGUGGAAUCCGCUGUCCUAACAUCAGUGCUUUGCAAGAGAUACGUAGCUGUAAUGAGCAUCCUUGUACUGUGUACCACUGGCAAACUGGUCCCUGGGGCCAGUGUAUCGAAGACACAUCCGUGUCAUCCUUCAACACAACUACAACUUGGAAUGGAGAGGCGUCGUGCUCUGUGGGCAUGCAGACACGAAAAGUCAUCUGUGUGCGAGUCAACGUGGGCCAAGUGGGACCCAAAAAGUGUCCUGAAAGCCUUCGGCCUGAAACAGUGAGGCCUUGCCUGCUUCCUUGUAGGAAAGACUGCAUCAUGACCCCAUACAGUGACUGGACACCAUGUCCCUCUUCUUGCAGAGAAGGGGACUCUGCAGUCAGGAAGCAGUCUCGGCAUCGGGUCAUCAUUCAGCUGCCGGCCAAUGGAGGCAGGGACUGCACCGACCCUCUCUAUGAAGAGAAGGCCUGCGAGGCCCCUCCAGUGUGCCAGAGCUACAGGUGGAAGACUCACAAAUGGCGCAGAUGCCAAUUAGUCCCUUGGAGCAUUCAACAGGACACCCCUGGUGCACAGGAAGGCUGUGGGCCUGGCCGGCAGGCAAGAGCUAUUACUUGUCGAAAGCAAGAUGGAGGGCAGGCUGGUGUCCAGGAGUGCCUCCAGUAUGCAGGCCCUGUGCCAGCCCUGACCCAGGCUUGCCAGAUCCCCUGCCAAGAUGACUGUCAAUUGACCGGCUGGUCCAAGUUUUCUUCUUGCAAUGGAGACUGCGGUGCAGUUAGGACCAGAAAACGCAUGAUUGUUGGAAAAAGUAAAAAGAAGGAAAAAUGUAAAAACUCCCAUUUGUACCCUUUGAUUGAGACUCAAUAUUGUCCUUGUGACAAAUACAAUGCACAACCUGUGGGGAACUGGUCAGACUGCAUUUUACCAGAAGGGAAGGUGGAAGUGCUGCUGGGAAUGAAGGUACAAGGAGACAGCAAGGAAUGUGGACAAGGGUACCGUUACCAAGCUAUGGCCUGCUAUGAUCAAAAUGGGAGACUGGUGGAGACAUCCAGAUGCAACAGUCACGGUUACAUUGAGGAAGCCUGCAUUAUCCCCUGCCCCUCAGACUGCAAGCUCAGCGAGUGGUCCAAUUGGUCCCGCUGCAGCAAGUCCUGUGGCAGUGGAGUGAAGGUCCGGUCCAAGUGGCUGCGGGAAAAGCCGUAUAACGGAGGAAGGCCUUGUCCCAAAUUAGACCACGUCAACCAGGCACAGGUGUAUGAGGUGGUCCCAUGCCACAGUGACUGCAACCAGUAUAUAUGGGUCACAGAGCCAUGGAGUGUCUGCAAGGUGACCUUUGUGGACAUGCGUGAUAACUGUGGAGAGGGUGUGCAGACCCGCAAAGUGAGAUGCAUGCAGAAUACAGCAGAUGGCCCUUCUGAACAUGUGGAGGAUUACCUCUGUGACCCAGAAGAAAUGCCCCUGGGUUCUAGAGAGUGCAAAUUACCAUGUCCUGAGGACUGUGUGAUAUCUGAAUGGGGGCCGUGGACCCAAUGUGCUUUGCCUUGCAGUCAAAGUGGUUCCCGACAAAGGUCAGCUGAUCCCAUCAGACAGCCUGCUGAUGAAGGAAGAGCUUGCCCUGAUGCCGUGGAGAAGGAGGCCUGUAACCUGAACAAAAACUGCUACCACUAUGACUAUAACGCUACAGACUGGAGUACAUGUCAGCUGAGUGAGAAGGCAGUUUGUGGAAAUGGCAUUAAAACAAGGAUGUUAGACUGUGUUCGAAGUGAUGGCAAGUCUGUUGACCUAAAAUAUUGUGAAGAGCUUGGCCUGGAGAAGAACUGGCUGAUGAACACAUCUUGCAUGGUGGAAUGUCCUUUGAACUGUCAGCUUUCUGAUUGGUCUCCUUGGUCCGAAUGUUCUCAAACAUGUGGACUCACAGGGAAAAUGAUCCGAACACGAACAGUGAUGCAGCCUUUUCAGGGUGAUGGGAGACCCUGCCCUUCCCUGACGGAACAGUCCAAGCCUUGCCCAGUGAAGCCAUGCUACCGUUGGCAGUACAGCCGGUGGUCUCCGUGCCAAGUUCAGGAGGCCCAAUGUGGAGAAGGAACCAGAACAAGGAAUAUUUCUUGUGUAGUGAGUGAUGGCUCAGCUGAUGAUUUCAGCAAGGUGGUGGAUGAGGAGUUCUGUGCUGACAUUGAACUCAUAGUGGAUGGUAGUAACAAGAUGGUUCUGGAGGAAUCCUGCACACAACCCUGCCCAGGUGAUUGUUAUUUGAAGGACUGGUCUUCUUGGAGUCUGUGUCAGCUGACCUGUGUGAAUGGUGAGGAUCUUGGCUUUGGUGGAAUACAGGUCCGUUCAAGAGCAGUGAUUAUUCAAGAACUGGAGAAUCAACAUCUGUGUCCAGAGCAGAUGUUAGAAACAAAAUCAUGUGAUGAUGGACAGUGUUAUGAGUAUAAGUGGAUGGCGAGCGCAUGGAAGGGUUCCUCUCGAACAGUUUGGUGUCAAAGGUCAGAUGGUGUAAAUGUAACAGGGGGCUGCUUGGUGAUGAGCCAGCCUGACGCUGACAGGUCUUGUAACCCACCGUGUAGUCAACCCCACUCAUAUUGUAGCGAGACAAAGGCAUGCCGCUGUGAAGAAGGGUACACUGAAGUCAUGUCCUCCAACAGCACACUUGAGCAAUGCACACUUAUCCCCGUGGUGGUGAUUCCCACUGUGGAGGACAAAAGAGGAGAUGUGAAAACCAGUCGGGCAGUUCACCCAACCCAAUCCUCCAGUAAUCCAGCGGGACGGGGCAGGACCUGGUUUCUACAGCCAUUUGGUCCAGAUGGGAGACUAAAGACCUGGGUUUAUGGUGUUGCAGCUGGGGCAUUCGUGCUGCUAGUCUUCAUGGUCUCCAUGAUUUAUCUAGCUUGCAAAAAGCCAAAGAAACCCCAAAGACGGCAAAACAACCGCCUGAAACCUUUAACCUUAGCAUAUGAUGGAGACGCUGACAUGUGACAUGGAGGUUUUCCUGCCAUUAACCACUUUUGGCUUUCUGGCUCUGUAGUAGAUAUCCAGAGGCCACAAUGUGUGUCCACACUGUGUGAAUUAUAAUUCAUGUUAACUGUUAAGAACACCACCUUAAGAAUGAAAACCUACAGCCACUCGGAGAAUUCAAGCCAGUGCCACUGACAUGUAGGCCUUCAACCCUGAGCAUUCUAGGAGAUGGAGCUGAGGACAUGCUGUGUCUUGAGAAUUUUGUGUCUUUUCUGAAAUCUGCUGAUUGAAAUGCCACUUUGAUUUCUAAAACUUAGUGGUGAAAUUGUCCAGUUGGGAAGUUUGAUGCAAGGCUGCUUGCAGCAUCAACCCACAAAACUUUCUAGCAUGAAGAGUUGAUGUCAAUGGUUUUACAAUUCUACACUUAAGCAUAACAACAUGUAUACCCGAUUAAAUGAUAGACAACAUAUCCUAUUACAUACUUGUUGAUAAGCAGCUUAAUCAGUGAAGAAGAAGUAAGCUCUCCGCUAGGCAGAGAAUCCAUUAAACAAUUCAUCAUCCCCGUGGUUGAUGGUAACUUUUAUUGACCUGCAUUUCAGAGACAAACUCUUUUUUUAAUACAACUUCAUUCUCGUCUCUCUCCAAUGUAUGAAUGCUGGACAUGUACUAGUAUCUUAGAAGACAGAGUCCUCAAGUUCAGUAUUUUAUAGUGGUUAUUGUCUGGAAAAUGAAUCUGCUUCUGUUAAUACAUUUCUACUGUCCCUAAUUUUCAAACUGGUUGCCUAUAUCUUUUUGCUACAUAGAAGGCACACUUUUGCACUAUAUUAGUGCAGCAGGAUGGGCACUUAACCAGUACUGCCAUGGAAACUGCCUCUUUUCAAAUGGGAUGAAGAUAUCUGUGCCAAGAGUGUCAGAGACAUUUCAAGUUUUUGUAUUAUGACGAGAGUAACAUUCAGUUUGGAUGGUAACGGGAUUCGAUCCAUUAUGACACUUGCUGUCUAUAGUCUGUCUCAUCACUACAGGCACUGCAAAAUUGACAACACAGCAGGAAUUCAAGUGCUGAGGUUCCCUAACCCAUCAACCUCCAAAAGGUGGACACCCGCCCCGCCCCGGUUGGUUUGUAAUUGCUCUUCGAAGGCUGUUUAUGACUAGAUUUAUAUAUUUGUUAUCUUUGUUUAAAAAAAAAAUGAAGAAAAGAAAAGAAAAAAGGACUGGUUAUCUUUUUAAUGUUGAGCAGAUGGAGAAAAUGAUGUAGCAAUGAUUUUCAUAACAAAAACAAAUCAAAAUUGUGUGUGAUAUUUUCUUUCUUCCUGAUUUGGUUUCUUGGUUUGAGACUGAAACCCUGUCCUGCAGAAUGUAUUUCACAAUCCAUAGUCUUUUCCCUUUCUCUCUGGUAAAAUCUGAAACAGUAUUAUUUAAAACAAAAAUUAAAAAGAGAAGAGUGACUGUCUUGUCCAGAGCAUAUGUAACUAUCUAGAGCAAAGGUAGCAAGCUCUUUCAGUGAAAGCUCAGAUAGGACAUAUGUUCGGUCAGGUGUUAUUUCGGUUUCUCAACCCUUCCACCUUGUACUUUUGCCACAGAUGAUACCCAGCAAGAAAAAUAAUGGACACUGUGUUUUCCAGUAGGACUCUAUACAAAAAGCCAGCAGACUGUAUUAACAUGUCUUCAUUUGCUGACUCACCUCCCACUCUGUUUUAGGGAUAAUUCUACAUUAUAACGUUAUUAGUUUUCAUUCACUUACCCUCUGUGUACCACCUAUGUUUAAUUUCAUGGGUGAAAAUACAGUCAUUAAUUUAUGAUUGCAGUGGAAGUAGUUAUGCUUUCACUAAUGAAAUGUCACAGUAGAAGACAUUUCACUAAAGAAAUGUCUCACCUGGCAGACAUCUUUGUUAUGAAAAGAAAGUUGAAACUGCGGUGAUAAAAAGUACCAUAUUUCAGGCAAUGUUUACUACAACAGUCACUGGUAAUAGGGGAUCGUUAUGAUUUCUGAUCUUUUGAAAAACAGUGAAUUUAUCUUGAAUGUUUUUGUGUUGCUAAAAAAGUGAUUUGUGCUGUCAGGUGUUUUGCCUUCUUAGACUGGGUGUGGAGCGCCCCCUGGUGCUGUUAUUGCAGAGAUGACUAAAGAAUUCUGAGUAGGAGGAUGACUUCCUCCCCUAAAUGAAAUCGAUAUACAUAUUUUAUUUCUUCUUUAUUCGAUAUUUAACGUACUAAGUGAUGUACGUCAUUUCCAAGAGAACAGAUAGCCCAAGAAGACGAGAAUUUCACUUUAUCCUAAGGAUUUGAGGUAAAGAAUGAAAGCAAAAUCUAUUUCAUCUGUUUUACUGAAGAGGAAGAAAAAAUAAUAUUAUUACACUAAAACUGUGAUUGUUAAUACAUAUCUAUACUCAGGGGACAGUCAAAUAAUCAUCAGAUGAUAUCGCUGAAUAAAAUAAGCUCCACUUGUCCAAAAUAGUUAAGAAAUCUAAUCUAUUGUGUUUAGUUGGGAAAAUUGUAAUAAUCUGAUGAAAUAUGUGCAAUACCUAACAAUCUUCAAAUGUGGAAUAGGAUAAGAUAUUUUUCUUACUAAAGUUAUACAUAAGGUAUUGUGAAAUGUGACUCAUUUUUAAGGUAAAUCAGCAUUAACCUGCAUAAGUUGUAAGAAACAAAUUAGUUAAGUGAUUAAAAACUAUGAAAGGUUAUGAUGAUAGUUAUUUAUGAUUAAGACAUUAGCUGUACUUUACACUAUAUUUAUAUAGGAGAAAUACAUUGGAUACUCACUGUCAGGAUAAAUUAAUUCUAGAUGGCUUCUUGUAAGAAAGAUGAAAGAAGGGACUGUAGCUAUUUGAAUAAUUUGGACAAACAGGAUGAUACUCAUCUGCAAAUGGCCUUGUUGAGUUCAUAAGGACAUCUAUGCUAGAAUUCAUCAAAAUCUUAUUCUUCGUGUUCAUUCUAGUAAUUCUAGAUGGGAACAUAGUGGAAAUUUGUCUGUUGGCCCCUUUGCCUUACCAAAAAGUAAGUCUGUGAAUGAAAGGAUGGAGGGAAAGACGGAGAGAGAGGAGAGAGAGAGAGAGAGAGAGAGAGAGAGAGAAAUUGUUCUGAAAGUGCAAAUGUCUAAAUGUCUACUGUUUUAAAAAAGAAAAAACAAGUGCUGGCAUCUGUAUGAUUUUGCUGCGUGUUCCAGCAGGGACUGUACAGAGUGCCAUGAGUGAUCUCUCUUGAAAGGGGCUGCUUUGCCUAUCCAUCAGUGCCCAUCCAGUAUACUGACUGUAAUCUUCACUUCAAAGCUUUUCUGAGUGUAGCUUCGGCUAAUUGAAAAGGAGUAUGUAAAAGCAUGUGUUUACUUAUAAUAAAGCACAAAUUGCCUAUAACAAGACAACUAUUUAUUGGGUUAGCACAUAUAAGACACUCUGCUAGGCACUAUAAAAAUUAGUAAUGGCUUUUGUAUACAUAGGUUGCUAAGACAUUCAAAAGAGGGAAAACAUGCUUAAUAAGAGAUGCUUGCAUUUGAACACAUUACUCUAGAUUUCUUUAUAAGCGUGCUUAGCACUUUCCACAUAUUUUUAAGUGUCUUCAGAUAUGCUGGGAGGAGAUUUUUCUCCUAUUCCAUCCUCACUUAGAUGGCAAUGGUCACCGUGGCUUAAACAGACCCUGUUACGUACCUGGACAUUUCAAGAUAAAGUCACUGCUUCUGAAGGAAGGAAAUAGCAAUUCUGACACAUUUAUUUAGCUCAAACUCGUUGUAUCCUUGGUCCUUUAUGAUGGUUUUCACUGCUGGUCUCUAUUCUAUUCUUUUGCCAAUUGUUAUAAUAUUGUCUGCUUCCCUCCAAAUCAGCUUCCACUAAACAUGCCCACGUUUUCUAUAAGAAAAUAAUCGAGGAUACUUAUUGACCCUUUCUACUGAAAUGAAAGUAUCAAUUAGAAUGCAAACAUUUUUAUUUAAAUACACUGCACUUGUCAAAACAAUGGAUUAGGGAAAAGAAAAGACAUGUAGAUGGCAUGCCCUAAAACAAAGAAAAGAAAACCUUUUGUGGCGGGGUAAUGAGAAUGUCAGUUCCUGUACUUGGAUUGCUACCCAAUGUCAUUACUCCUAUCUUCACCUAAAGUCUUUGUUCACUCCCCAUAUUACAAGACAGUGGAAAAGGCCCGCAUCUUUCAAUAGUCAGCAGAAAAGAGAAGCCAUUUUUAGGGGGAUUUAGAAUCUGAAUAGACUUGCAGAAAUCAUGAUUGUCGAAUGACCUGGAAUCUCAUUAUUUGUAAGCAUUUUUCAUGUUCAAAUGCUUUUUAUUCUAGUUUCCCUGAAAGACUGAGGGUGUUGGAAAGUCAGCAGUCUAUGAACAAAUGUAUAAGGAAUCUUGCAGAAUAUAUAUGGUCUUCCAGGGUCUUAUUCAGGUGUCAGAACCAAAUCUCCCUGUUCAGGUCCAAAUAGUAUUCCUGCUCCCACCCUCAGAGUCCUGGCUGGGUAUCAGGAGUUCCAGUUUCUGAAACUGACCUGUUGCCCAGCAAGUUUGUUUGUUUGUUUGUUUGUUUGUUUGUUUUAAUCAAAAAGAUGUUGUAAAAUGUGAUAAAAUAAUUCUUCUCUAGCAAAGGCAAUGGGAAGUGAUUAUGUCUGUAAUAUUAAAUGAAUAAAAUAAAUGUUAAACAAAUAGAGUUAAUUUUACAGGGUUUUUUUUUUCCUGCUUCUAUCAAGGCAGACCAUUAUCCCAGAAGCAGCUGGAGUCAUGUUGUCCAUGAUGCAAAUCUUCAUCAUAUGCAGAAUGCAGCUGGUCUCAGGUUUACUGUUGUUUUUGUGUUUGUUUUCUGAUUUAGGUGUAAUUCCCUAAAUUUAAGCCUCAACAAAAUUCCCAGAUAUUUUUCAGGAAUACAUUUGUGUUUAUUUUUAGAAGUAAAAAUUUAAAUUCCCUUUCUGGUAUUUUUUCCUGCCCAGUUUUAUCACAGAGAUUUGAAGAGAUCAGUAUCUCUUAUUGUAAAACAUAAUUUUAUUAAAUUUACAAUCUAUCUUUCUGUAAAUUACAAUCCUCUGAGUGUAUUUUUUGUUAAUUUAACUACCUGGAUAUUUAUUUUUUGUUAAAUAGUGAGGCAGCUGUCUAUGAAUUUUUGUUAAUAUUGCUUUGUAAAUGUGCAAUAUAAUUUAUUCUAAAUUAUGUACAUUUCUUUUUAAUGCAAAAAAUGUCUGUGUACAGUUAGCUACAGAUUGGCAAAUACUGUCACUACACUUUAUUCAGUUAACGCAGACAGCAUGUGGAGAUGUGAUGUGCUUUUUUACAUUUUCAUAUGGAUUAUUUGUAAAUAACUAUACUACUGACAAAUAUAAAUCCAGAAGUCGUUUUCA